AUGUUGUUCUCGUUCUGUAUCAUCACAGCUCUGCUUUCCUUAUUCAUUGCCCCCAGCGACGGCCAGGCCGGCCAAUGCCGGCCAUGGACAGUCGACAAAAAGAACCGCAUCUUCGUCCUGACCGACAUCGCCAACGAGCCCGAUGACACCAUGUCUAUGGUCCGACUACUAACCCACUCCGACCUGUACCAUGUGGAGGCCUUAGUGGCCAUUACCUCGUUCUGGCUGCCCAAUGUCACUCGACCGGAUCAGAUCCACACGCUUGUCGAUGCGUACGGUGAAGUCAGGGGCAAUCUCCAAUCACACAGCAACUCCUCGUUUCCAACGACGGAGUACCUGAAGGCCAGGAUAGCGAGUGGCCCGCCUGUCUACGGUUCUCAAGCGAUCAGCGAGCUGGAAGCGGGCGGGAACCUUACGUCCGGCGCACAAAUGCUGGUAGAGACUGUCGACGCGAGUAGCGAUCCUUUGUACGUCCAGAUCUGGGGUGGUUCCAACACGCUUGCCACCGCGUUGUGGUACGUGAAUCGCACUCGCUCUGCCGACGAGCUCAGCAGUUUCGUGUCUAAGCUCCGCGUCUAUUCGAUUUCCGAUCAAGACGACACGGGCCCUUGGAUCAGACAACGGUUCCCGGAUAUGCGAUUUAUAGCAAGCAGAGAUGGCUUCAAUCAGUAUGAAACAUCCGCAUGGCGAGGGAUCAGCGGGUCCGUCGACGCAGGAGGUCCCGACGAUACGAUCGUUCACAACGCGUGGCUGCACGAGAACAUCCAACUCGGGCCGCUUGGGAAACAUUAUCCAGAUAUCGCGUUUAUCAUGGAAGGCGAUUCUCCCUCGCUGAUGUACAACUUUCAAAAUGGCCUCGGCAACCCUGAGUACCCAAGCUGGGGCAGCUGGGGAGGGCGCUAUGUGGAAAAUCCUCUACACAGCACCUCGCAGUUCGCCGACGCAGUCGAUGUCGUCGUGGGGCUUAACAACGAGACGUACACCUCGAAUCACGCCACCAUAUGGCGAUGGCGUGAUGCUUUUCAGAACGAGUUCGCCGCGCGCAUUCAGUGGACGCUCGCUCCAAACUCCCGAGCUUCAAACGCAACGCAUCCUCCCAUCGUCGUCGUAAACGGAUCCUGCGGCUCUUCCCACCUUGAAUACAGCGUGAAAGUCGGCGACACGAUCACCCUCGACGCUUCGCCGUCGUACUCUCCGGACUCCAAUGCGGACCUCAGCUUCACCUGGUUCCAGUAUCUCGAACCGUCUUCAUAUCGGGUCACCAACAACGUGCCUGCUCUGAAUUUCACGUAUCCCGGGGGUUCGGGUGGACGCAUAGCGCAGUUCGAGAUUCCGGAGCCGGAAUCUGGGUAUUGUGUGGAUCCGCAGAGUGUCUCUGGCGGCGGUGUUUACAGCGAGGCGAUGAAGUGUACGACGUUGCAUGUCGUUGUUAGGGUGAAGGAUAUGAACGCGAAGUAUCCCAUUGAAAGGUACAGGAGGGUACUGUUGCAUAUGCAACCCUACAGUGGAGUGUGA